AUGGUGGAGUUCAAAGACACGAGAAAGCCGUCGUGUGCCUGUCUGCUACACCGCUACACCGAGGAACGUCGGGACGCCGAGGGACGUCGNCACGAGAAAGCCGUCGUGUGCCUGCCUGCUACGCCGCUACACCGAGGAAGUUCGGGACGCCGAGGGACUUCGGGUGUGGGCGGGUGGGAAUGCGAAGUAGUGCAUGUCCAUCUGGAGUCCCACGGGGGGGGGUCCGCAGAGCGGGAGCACGGAGGCUGCCGCUCGCCCGCAGGUAGGUGCGGGUUGUGGGAGCAGAGGAGGGUAUCCGCUACUCCCGAGUUUGGUUAUUACGCCGACUCAGGACUAAGUCGAGCAGCUCGGGUAGCGCCGCUGGGGGGCAACCAGUUUGCCCCGGACGCACGGUCUGGUGCGUCAAAAGCGUUUUGAGAGCCAACGGGUCUACUUCAAUCUGGUUAGUGUGCGUGUGAUGAGUGCCGUGCUUGUAAUCAGAUAGGCUUGAAGUAGUUUGGCUGAUCUCGAAAUCAGAUGGAGGAGGAGUUUGAGUGUGACUGCUCAGGAGUUCAGUGAGGGGCGCCAGGACAUCUUUCUCCGGGGAACAGCAGGUUGGCCGUUCCAAGUUUCGUGCGCGAGUGAUGAAAUGAUGUUGCUUGCGUUGACGAUGGAUGAGAUGGCAUGCGGUAUAGGCGUGUCAUUUGUCGCAGAUUGGACAGACGCGUCCGUUUGCGUGGCGGUAACGCCGGGUAGGCGUUUCCACGUCUUGAGUAGACAGAGGAAGCAUCGCCAGGUAGGCGUGUCCAUGUCUUGUGUAGACAAAAACGGGGCAACGCCAGGUAGGCGUCUCCAUGUCUUGUGUAGACAGAAAAGGGACAUGAACGCGUUUUGGGCGUCGGUAUAGAGACGCAGAUCCAGACGGUAUAGGCGUUCCAAGUCAUGUCUGAGAUGUCGGGCGUACUGUUUGGGACGUCAGAUUGGGACAUUUAGUUGUUCGGGCGUCGGUUUUGAGGCGUCAGAUCGGACAUUAUUUGUUCGGGCACACGAUGGAGUGCCGGGCACACAGUUGGGGUGCCAUUUCAAGUGUUCUAUCUUGGAAAAAACCCGCAGAGCCUCUCGAGUGGGGGAGGGUAUGCGGUUCUUGGUAUGAGUCCUGAUUUCGUCACCACGUCAGGAUGUUGUUUCAUACUGUUGUCUGGAGAAAGCUGCAGGAUUGUGUGAUGGCAUCCUGGUCAUUCAGAUCUUGUUUUGUUGUUGUUAGCAUGGCUUGUUGCUUUAACAGCGGAAAUAAGGAAUGUGGAUGUAGCUCGCACGUCACUUAUAUCCCGGAGGCAUUCAGUACAGAGAAAUGACGUGGGACUCGUGGGUGUUGUUGGACUCUUCUUCUUGUCGAAGCAAAUUUGGUCGUUAUUCUACGUUCGGAGGCAAGCGGGUCCUGUGUGUUGUUGUGCAAGAGAGGGCAUAGAGCAUGGAUACUCGGCGUUUGUUCCAAGUGCAGACAGCAGUGGACACAGGUGCUUGUUUGUGGUCGGUUUGACCAGGUUUAUUUGCUGUACGACCUCACCAGGAAGAGGUGGGGACGUGGUCGAUUUGUUUUGUGCUGUGAGGGACGGACCUUGUCAAGUCAGCCGCGCGUGGAGCAUAGAGCGAGCCUGGGGUCGGUGGUAUGAUAUUGUCUUGUCUUGACCGUGCAGUACAGCCGUUGGAACCGUUCGUGACAUGAACGGCGUGCCGUUGGAAUCUUUCGUGAUAUGAACGGCGUGAGGGCGUUGAGAUCCGAGGGGUUUUGAUCCUAUGGCGGAUUUCCCCUUGUUUUUGGUUUGCGUUGUUCUAGGUGCCAUUCUGGAUGAAUGUUUGACGCACGAGGUGGUUCUUCACUGGCGUAAAGAACCGGGAAGGGUGUUCGUGCGUGGAAGUAGAUUGGUCGGAUUGUACCAAAUCACUGGCGGCUUCGUGUACCGCAGAUGGGAUUGCCUUGAGGGGCGGCUAGGAGAGACCUUGAGAUACGAGUUG